UUGCGUUCUGUCAUUUAAAAGGAAUCAGUCAGCUUUACACAUUUAAAGGCUUUCAGUCAUGGGAACGAGGGUGGCGACGAAGAUAUUUGCUCUUCUUUGUGUGUGUCUUAUUUAUGGCACUCCUCCUAUUCUUCAAGCAGAGAAACACUCGCUGUAUUACAUUUACACGGCUUUGUCCAAACCUAUCAAUCUGCCGGGUAUCUAUGAAUUCAUUGCUAUGGGUCUGCUAGAUGACAGACAGAUCGACUAUUACAAUAGUGAAGAACAGAAGAAGAUUCCCAAACAGACCUGGAUGAAGGAGAAAAUGCAAAAGGAUUACUGGGAAAAGGGAACCCAGUCAAGAAAGAGCAAAGAGCAGUGGUUUAAUGUGAAUAUCGACAUUGUGAUGAAACGCAUGAGACACAGUGAAUCAGAUCUUCAUGUUCUUCAGUGGAGACACGGUUGUGAAGUUGAGAAGCAGGGAGAUGAAGUGAAGUUUUCUAAAGGCAUUAGUGAGUACGCCUAUGAUGGAGAGGACUUUAUGUCUUUUGAUGUUGAAGCAUCUCAGUGGGUCACCUCAGUUGAUGCAGCUCUACCAACCAAGAGAAAAUGGGAAAAUAUACCAAUCCUAAACCAAUACACCAAAGGCUACCUGGAGAAAGAGUGUGUGGAUUGGCUCAACAAAUUCAGAGAAUAUGAAGAUGAGGAGCUCAAACAGGGCUCUCCCCCAGAAGUUCAUGUUUUUGCAAGCAAAUCUACCAAAACCAAAUUGAAACUCAUCUGUAUGGCCACCGGAUUCUACCCCAGUGACGAGAUUAUGGCCAUUAGGAAAUAUCGCACAUCUCUGCCUGAAAAUGAGGUUGAAUCCACAGGAAUCAGACCAAACCAUGAUGGAUCCUACCAGAUGAGGAUGAGUGUGGAAAUCAACAAGGAUGAAGAAGCAGAAUAUGAUUGUUUUGUGUCCCACAAGAGUAUGAAAGAACCAGUUAUCAUCAAAUGGGGACAACAGAAGACAACUACUGAAUCAUUGACUCCCAGUGUCACUUAUACUGAAGAAUCUGCUGGACGAGAGAAUGCUGGCGAAGCACCAAACAGCAGUGCGACCAUGUUCAUACUCUCUUUCUCUCUCAUAUUUCAUUUCAUCUGGAUAAUUUGAAGCACUUUCUUAAUGCACUCAAUGACACCUUACAGCAUCAUCAGCAAAUUGUUCAUUUAUUUUCUAAUGCGUUAGAAUUAAUUUAGACGGCAAAGAGCAAUAAAAAUGAUUUACAUUUUUUUUACAGGAAUUCAAUGACAGCUUAAACAGACGAUAACUAAUCAUGCAAGACAAACUAAGUAUUAUUAUUUCUUCCCACUGUCAGAAUACAAUCAAGUUGAAUAACUAAUGUCUGCUAUACUCUUUAAUUAUUUAAAUGAUUGAAUUACUUACUAUAUCUGUAAACAUGUUA